AUGCUGGCCAACAAGAAAAAGACUCCAGAAAAAAUUGUUUUACAAUUCGAUGACGUUCGACAUUUUGUAUGUAAAGAUCUUCCAUUUGAAUUAAUAUCAAAUAAAUCGAUACAGUUUAUUCAAAGAUUUCGUAUAUCUUCGGACUUUUUACAUAAGGAUCCACAUUUAUGGAAAAUAACCACCGAAUAUAAAGAAGCAAAGGAUAUUAUAGCAACAUUAAAAGUUGUCAAUGAUAGUGCAGAAAUAGGUGUGAAUUUGAUGGAGGAUUUCAACGACAAAUUUACGAAACAAGAGGAACAGAAACAAUACGUGUUACGGAUUGUUCAAGAUUAUAGGAAGCAAUACCCGGAAUUCAGCCGAGAAGUUUUAAAACAAACUUAUAAUAAAAUGGGAUAA